AUGGCCGAGUCUAAGUCUUAUCCCAAGGAUAUCUCCGAGAAGGGUCUUGAUCCCCUCGAGCAGCAACCUAUCGAACUCCGCCCUCUUGAGGCUCUUCAAAAAGGUCGCUGGGAACGAAGCUGGCCCACAAUUGCAUGUGGUGCUGGUCUGUUUUCCGAUGGCUACCUGAACCAGAUCAUUGGUCCGGUUGGUACCAUGCUGGAGCAAAUCUAUGGAGAUGCCUACACCAAUUCCACAGCCCAGCAGAAUGUCUCCUCGAUUGUUUUCGCUGGUACAGUGGUUGGCAUGCUCCUGUUCGGCUACACCAGUGAUCACUGGUCGCGCAAGUGGUCCCUGAUGAUCUCCACCAUCAUUUUGUUCAUCUUUGCGGCCCUCGGAGCUGGUUCCUAUGGUGCAGGCGGAAGCAUAGGCGGUAUGCUUGCUGCGCUGACAGCUUAUCGUUUCUUCCUCGGAAUUGGAAUCGGUGGCGAGUAUCCCGCUGGAUCGGUGGGCGCUGCAGAGAACACCGGAGAACUGAAGGCUGGACACCGUAACCGCUGGUUCAUCAUGUUCACGAACUUCCAGAUCGACUUCGGCUUCGUGGUCGCUGCUCUUGUGUCCAUGAUUUUGGUCCUAAUCUUUACUGAGGACCACCUGCGUGCCUGUUGGCGUGUAGCCCUGGGACUGGGAGUGAUACCCCCGUUGAGUUUGAUGUACCUUCGAUUGAAGAUGAACGAGCCCGAGGAGUUCAACCGGGAGCGCAUGCACAAAUUCCCUAUUUGGCUCAUUAUCAAAUUCUACUGGAAGCGCCUGGCUGUUGUUUCUAUUAUCUGGUUCCUUUACGACUUCUCAGCUUACAGCUUUUCCAUCUACUCGUCAGCUUGGGUGAAGAUUAUCCUAGGCGACCAUGCCCCGCUGUGGAAAAGCUUUGGCUGGGCCACCGUGAUCAACUGUUUCUACAUCCCCGGUUCCGCACUUGGAGCCUUCAUGAGUGAUUGGAUUGGUCCCCGCUACACCCUUGCCCUCGGAGUGGGCCUCCAAGGAGUCAUAGGAUUCAUUAUGGCCGGAUGCUACAAGUGGCUUGCGACCCCAGAGAACGUGGCGGCCUUUGUUGUCGUAUUUGGAAUCUUCUCUGCUCUCGGUGAGAUGGGGCCCGGUGACAACAUUGGUCUCUGUGCUGCCAAGACCAGCGCGACUGCCAUUCGUGGCCAGUACUACUCUUACGCAGCCGCAUUCGGCAAGAUCGGGGCUUUCGUGGGCACCUAUGUGAUCCCAAUCAUCCAAAAGAACGCACCCAACGCGAUCCGCAAGGGCCAGGAUCCGUUCUGGGUUUCCAGCGCACUGUGUAUCUUGGCAGCUUUCAUGGCCUUGUUCCUGAUGCCGCAAAUUAACCAAGAUACCAUCACUCACGAGGAUGCCAGAUUCCGCGACUACCUUGAGGCUAACGGAUACGAUACCACGACAAUGGGCAACCCCAACCGCCACAGCGACGCCCGCGACCAUGAGUAA